CUCGUCGCUUUAGUCUGAAACCUUCAAACCCUCAAAACUUAAAGGGGUUUGGUUUUGUUUCGCUUCCACUGUGACUCACUCACUCUUCGCUUUCAAUUCAUCCAUUCCCAAUCAGAAUCAGAAUCAGCUGCUUCUUCCGCUAUGGCUUCCACUUCCCAAAAGGAAAUUAUUUCUGAUGGCAAGGCUGCUGCAGCAGAGAAGAAAAAUUCCAAGGAUGAAACAUCUUCGAAAGAUUCACAGGGAGGACAAAAAGCUGCUUCUGAAUCUUUUGUUUGUUUAGAUGACAAGGCUGCUGCAGCAGAGAAUAAAAACUCCAAGGAUGAAACAUCUUCGAAAGAUUCACAGGGAGGACAAAGAGCUACUUCUGGAUCUGCACCUGGGUUUCCACCCAACCCUUUUGAUUUCUCCGCAAUGUCUGGUUUGCUCAAUGAUCCAAGUAUCAAGGAACUGGCUGAGCAGAUAGCAAAAGACCCAUCAUUCAAUCAAAUGGCUGAGCAGCUUCAGAAAACUUUUCAUGGUGCAACACAGGAUAGUAUCCCUAGCUUCGAUAAUCAGCAAUAUUAUUCUACCAUGCAGCAGGUGAUGCAGAAUCCUAACUUCAUGACCAUGGCUGAGCGCCUGGGUAAUGCAUUGAUGCAGGAUCCAUCUAUGUCUUCCAUGCUUGAAAGUCUUACUAGUCCUUCAAAUAAAGAUCAGCUUGAGGAGAGAAUGGCACGCAUAAAAGAAGAUCCAUCUUUGAAGCAUAUUUUAGAUGAGAUAGAGACUGGUGGUCCUGCUGCUAUGAUGAGAUAUUGGAAUGAUGAGGACGUUUUGCGGAAGUUGGGACAGGCCAUGGUGCCAAAUUCUGGAGAAGCAGCUGCUUCUGCUGAAAAUGCUGUGCCAGAUGAGACAGAAGAUGUGGGUGAAGAUGAAUCAAUUGUUCAUCAAACUGCUAGUGUCGGUGAUGUGGAGGGCUUGAAAAAUGCUCUAGCCUCUGGCGCUGACAAGGACGAAGAAGAUUCAGAGGGAAGAACUGCUUUACAUUUUUCCUGUGGAUAUGGAGAGGUGAAGUGUGCACAAAUUCUCCUUGAGGCAGGCGCAAAAGUAGAUGCUUUGGAUAAGAAUAAGAACACGGCUCUUCAUUAUGCAGCUGGUUAUGGCAGGAAGGAAUGUGUUGCCCUUCUCCUUGAAAAUGGUGCUGCAGUUACUCUCCAGAACAUGGACGGGAAAACUCCAAUAGAUGUUGCGAAGCUAAACAAUCAAAAUGAUGUUCUAAAGCUGCUCGAAAAAGAUGCUUUCCUGUAAUGGCAAGGCACAGUGGCAUGCGAUCACCAAGUAGGAAAAAGAAACCGAGGCUAAAAGAGAGGCAUCAUCAUGACUUUUACUUUUGGCAAAUAUUUCGGUGUGUUAAAACUAAAUUCCUUUUAGACGAUGGGAUUACACCGCGAAUUUUUUUUUAAAUAUACUUAUGUAAACUUGUAAUGCAUGGGUUGUUGCACUGCAUUAUUUUUACGUAGUGGCAUGAAGAAAUUAUUUUUGUCGUUGGUUCA